GCCUGCUGGAGCGCCCCACGCUGCCGCCCGCGCUGGCCGUGCCCACGGCGCGCUACAAACUCUUCGUGUGCGGCAAGAGCGGCGUGGGCAAGACCGCGCUGGUGGCCGGCCUGGCCGGGACCCCCGCGCCCACCGCCCACCGCGAGACCAUGGGCAUCGAGGCCAGCACCGUGUUCUGGCCGGCCAAGCCACGCGGCGCCGAGCGCCCGGUCAUGUUCCAGCUGCAGCUCUGGGACUGCGGGGACAGCGCCCUGAGGAAGUUCGAGCACAUCCUGCCCGCCUGCAAGGAGGAAGCAGACGCCGUCCUCUUCCUCUUCUCCUUCACUGACCGCGCGUCCUUCGAGGAGCUGCCGGCGCGGCUGGCGCGGGUGGUGGCCCCCGGCGAGGACCUGCUGCGGGUGGUGGUGGGCACCAAGUUCGACCUGGCCGCCCACGCCGACGUGACGGAGGAGGACCUGGCGGCCUUCGAGGGCACCUGGGGGCUGCCGGUGCUGCGGGCGGGGGGCGCCGGGGGGGGGCGGGGGGGCCUGGAGCGGGUGGCCCCCCUGCUCGAUGCCCUGGCGGGGCGGCUCUGGCAACGCGACCAGAUCGCUGCCGGUGUCACCCCCGAGGGGCAGGAGCCCCCCCCCCACCUGAACCCCGCUUUGCUGGGGGGGGAGCCC